GCGAUUAAUCGACUUGACAGCACUAAUAAAACUAUCAUUACUUUUUUUUUUCCAUGAUUUUGGGUUGAAAUGUGACUUUGAUAAGGUUUCUAUAAUGCAUGUGCAAAAGCGAACUCAAACUUCCCUCGCUAGGCUCUGUUUGCUAUCAUCAUGUGUUCACAACAGGCAGCUGACUUCUCCCGUCACCCAGGGCUGCUGUUAACAGCACAGUUCACACGUUCGGUGUGUGAAGCUGUUGGUAUCACGCAGAGGGCAUUAGGUCGCACAGAACACACAUCCUGCCAGCUGUGUCAGAUGCUUCCUGUUUGUCUCUCUCAACAGAUGAAGAGCGACCGAUCUGUUCAUCACACAUGCUAAGAAAAAAUUAUAAACAUAUAUUUACAUGAUAUUUUUAAAAAGAAUAUUAUAUAUCUAUAAUGUAAAUAUAUUGCUAUGUGAGCAAUAAACUAUUAAUGUGUUUCUCAAAAGUUAAUUUUCUAAGUAAGAUAUUUCAGUUUGUACCUCUAGUGAGCUGAGUGUCUAUGAGUAGCUAUAGCAACAGACUACUAGGGCUUUUGUUUACCUUAGCAACCACAGAGUCACUGGAGAGACUGACGGUGAUUAGCUUGCUAGCUGCAGCUUUCUAACAAGAAAAAUAAAUACAAAUUACUCAAAUAUUAAUUUCAAUUCUUUUGUAAAUAUAUAUUUGUCAGUGAAUAGAGAUGGACUCUGAUUCUUUGCAUUACUCUUUGGAUUUAACUGCUGGUAAUGGUUUGACUCUGAGCAGCGAGCAGAGAGCUGCUCUUCAAACCUCUCUGGUCAUACUGAAGAGAAGUUACAAAUUCAGCCGGGUUUUAUUUUGGGGAAAGAUUUUGGGGUUAAAAUGUGACUAUUUUAUUGCUCAAGGUGUUGAAGAGGAUGAAAUGAAGGGAAAAAAGUCUUUGUACAGUUUAAACUGCUUAGAUUGGUACCUGCUGCCAAAAGCCACUGAGUCCAUGACUGCAGACGUGGCAUUAGCCGCACAGGGGCGAUUCACGGGCGACCCGUCCCAUGAGUACGAGCACACAGAGACACGCACUGAGGGAGAGGGGGACGAAGCCACGGAGGUAGAGGUCACGGUGAAAGUGAAUGAGGCGAGUCGAUUGGCCACGACCGUGUCAAACAUCGAUAGAGAUGUGUCUGUAGUGCCACGCGGUGCAUUUACAAAGAGUCCCAGUGGCAAAGUGCAGAUGAACCGAAGCUUUGGAGGUCUACAUCCCACUGAAGCUGCGAAACUUCGCAACUACCUGCACUUUCGUGAACCGGUUAACCUGAAAAAGAAGUCCAUCUUAGAAAUGUCUGAUCUGAACCCCGCUCUCGACUUCCUAGAUCCUUUGAGUGAGGACAUUCCCAAAGGGUCAUGGAGCCUGCAGCUUGAGCGGGGCGGCACUGUGUGUGUAUUACGCAGUUUGCUCUGGUUGGGUCUCACCUCCUUCCAUGUUCCUCAGACCCCUCAGCAUGGGUACAUCUACAUGGGAGAUGGACUUAUAAACCUGGACCUGCCCUUCAUGUUAUAGCAGCCAAACUAUCUCCUUGUUUUUGGUGCCACAUUUUAAAGACAGCACAAGUUAUUGUGUAAUCAACUCUGUGGCCUUACAUUCACUGUAAUUUUCUUUCAGUCAAGAAAACAUAAACACGUCAACAUGUUUGGAAA